ACCCUAUUGGACGAACGGCGCCUUGGUCGACGUGACGCAGCUUGGAAUUCCCAAAGUUCCCAAGUUCACGGGAAGAGAAGAGCGUUGUUCAUACUAAAAAACAAAACGUUUUGAAGGGAAAAACAGCGAGCGACUGAGGUGUAAACAAAUUGGAACUUUAGCGCACAUAGUGUUGUCGACACAAAAUCAUAAAGCUGAGUCUGCACCGUGCUGUGCCAAAUUGAGCCUGAAGAGGGCGAUGUCUGACAACAGCAACAGCACAGGCAGCAGCAGUGGCUCCUCAACCAACAGCUGGACCCUCCUCUCCCCCGAGGAAGCUGCUGUUGAGAAUGUCGGGCCAGUAGAUGACGGCACUGAGAGCCUGGGUGACGUCCCGAGUCUCUCUGAGGAUGUGACAGGAGCUGCUGCAAGUGACAUUCCAGUAGAAACUGUCCUGUCUGAAGAAGGCCAUCAGGUGUGUCAAGAGACCUCUCCAGAGUCCAGUGAGGGACCCAUCCCAUCUAGUCCAACCCAGAUUAGUCCUCUCCCACCCAACCUUCUUGAUCCUCCAGACCUUGACCUGGAGAGUCAGCCUCCAGUCAUCCAUGACAUUGUAACCAGCUCCCCCAGUGACAACGAGCACCUAGGAGCCACACCCUUUGUCACCAACAUUGAUAUGGGGGCUCCACUCGAUAUUCCUGAUGCCAAUCUCCUGCCAGCGGAGCCCGAGGAGUCCUGCUCCACUCAUCUCCUGACUGAGAUCCCUGUCUUUACAGAACAAGUGCUUGACACGCCUGCUGAUAUUGGGAUGGUUCUUGCCAGCCCUGCUGAGGAGAGUCCUGUCUUCACUGCUGAACCUGAGGUCAGCAUCCCCACAGAGACCCUUACAGCCACUGAUCCUCCCCCUCAUGUUGAAGCUGAUAUCAGCUUUAUUCCAGAGAGUACAAAGUCGCCAAGCCUAGUCCCAGAGAGCCUGGUGACAGAAAGCCCCAUCAAUGAUAGUCCUGCACCAGGGACUGUUGGUUUAGUAGAGGCAGAGGGAGAGGCAGCUGUGAAAAAGGAGGAGAUGGAGCCAUCUGAGACAGUGACCCAGGAUGGGAGAGAAGAAGGAGAAGAAGAAGAAGAAGAAGAAGGAGAAGAAGAAGAAGGAGAACCAUCCAGCAGUUUUGAUUUGGGCGACACAAGCAGCUUUGAUGAUGGACUGAGGAGGAGGAAUGUCCCCUCCUUUGAGGAGCCAAGACCAAGAACAUCAGAUGAGGAAGAUGAGGACGAGGAAGUGGAGUUCAAGCUUGCUGAGAAGAAAGAGGAAAAGCCAUGGUUCUCCUUGAACAAAUGCAUUGUGGGUUCUUUGAUCCUGCUCUUCUUAGGUUCCCUCUUCCUCUCAGGUUUCUUCUCUGACCUGAAUAAUGGUGACUUUGACGCCUCUGAACUGAGUGAUGUAGAACAAAGCCAGGACUGGCUUAGCAGCGAUCCACAGGAUAUGAAAGAGCUAUUGGAUAAACUGACACAGGAAAACCAGCAAAUCGCUCAGCUAGAGGCUCAACUACAGUCGCAGCAAGAAGAACUCGACUCAGCACUGAAAGCAGUAGCAGCAAGUGGGGAUGAAAAGGGACAAGCAGAUCUGGAAAAAGACAACAGAAAGUUGAAGGAGGAGCUGUCAUCUCUGCCUGAGCUGAAGAAAGAGCUGGAGAGUCUGAGGUCCAGGGUGACCGAACUCAGCCAGCUCACAGAUGAUCAGGAAAUGCCUCCGACUACCUCAAGCUCAGCCCCUCAGCCUGGUGACAAAGAUGGUCAGAGUAACCAGAAAGCAGCGGGCCCUGAGAGGAAGAAGGACACAAAUGAGGGAGGUUGGCUGAAGGAAGAACUCCAGAGGCAGAAAGUUCUUCUGGAGGAGAGCAAGAAGAGACUGCAAGGGAUGAAAAAAGAUGGAGGCGACAGGAAACGAGUGAGGGAUAGUUUGGAGGAGAUCCAGAGGAAGCUUUCUGAACAAGUUGAGAGGUGGGGUAAGAAGAAGCCACAGGAGUCCAUGUGGAAAGAGAACAAGGGCAAAAGCAAUGAGCGCGACCACUGGAAGAAAGACGAAAAGAAAGAGUGGAAGCAUAGCAAGGAGGGAGGACGGAGAGACAAAGAAGAGAAGAAGGAGAAGGGUUGGAAAUCUCAGAAGCAAAACUCUCACAAAGAGGCAUGGAGGAAACACCAGAACGAGUGGGAGAGGAAGAAGGACGAGCGCAGAAUGGACAGAGAAGAGAGGAGGAAGGAGAAACCGUGGCACAGCUGGCCUGAUAAGAACUCCCACAACCAUCACCAGCCUCACCACCAACAGCCCCGCCAGCCUCAUCAGCACAAGCACAAUGACUUCUGGAGAGACCAGGAGCAGAAGCUUCGACGCAACGUCCGCCCCCAGCUGGGCUGCAGCUCUGUGGAGGACUGCGCCAGCAAGGAGGGGCUCUAUCCAGUGGAGCUGCCCGAGUUUGAGGAACUGCUGGAGGGCUACCUGAGCAAGCUUGAAGGAUCUUCAUCUGAGAGCAAAGACAAGAUCCGGAAGCUGACUGCAGAGUUCUUUGAGGAUGGCGGGUUUAUCCACGACAGGGUUCUUUUCAGUGACUUUGCUGAGAACGUGGCGGACAUUCUGGAGGACAUGGUGGACGUUUUGGAGGACGGUGGGAAGAAGGACGACGACUCCCUGGAGGAGGAGAUGGAGGAGUUUGAACGGGAAGCCCUGUGGAAGUUUGCCGCCACAGCUUAAAUAGACAAAGAGGAAAAAGGAAACGCUAAGAAACAGCUCAAGAGGUGCUAUAAAGGACAUUUCUUGCCUACAUUCUCCUCUUCAGAGCUGUGAUUGUAGUAGCUUCUGGUACAGAGUGGUUGUACCUCUCAUAAAUGUGUCCCUCUGAGUCUUUAAUUAUAAGCUAGACUUGUUUGUGUCAUUUUGGACUUAGUUGUUGUUACCUACCUCUGUCAGGUCAUGCCUCCUAAUGCAGUCCUUCAGUAAUGUGUUGUGUGGGUUUUCCUCUGCUAUAUAGUGUUUUCUCAAAACGUAGUGCAUGUUGCGCUCAUCAUGUAUAUUCAAACUAAUAAUAUCCAGAUCACACAAAAAAACUGGGUAGAUGGUAUUUGCAAAAAUAAUUCUGUUCAGCACCAUUGCAGUGGUUAAAUAUAUUCUUUUCAAUUCAUAUGGUAUUAUAUAAGUUGUCAGUUACAGCAAUACAUGUUGAAUUGAAAGUUGAAUACUUCUCUGUCAUUUGACUGUGUGAAAACAACCCAACACUGCUCUGAGCAGGUUAACACAAGUGCUGAGAAAUUAUUGCAGAUACCAUUUGCCUCAAGUCGGCUGUUGCUGUCCAAUCCCAGAGGAUGAGAUCCCAGUUCUUUUAGUGAUAAGAAUCCAAUCAGGUCAGACCAGUUUUGGGCAAACGCACACAGAGUGCUGUUUGAGAGCCUCGAGUGUUUGGUUUCUACAUCUGACAGACCUUUGAUCCUGCAACUUCCAACUGACAGUUGACAGCAGAUGUUCUAAUCAACCAGGAACCGUUUGUGAAACGUCAGAGCUGCUAUAAAAAACAACAACAACAACAACAACAAUAGGACAGAAGUUUAUAUUUCGUCAUCAUAAAAGUUGACUGCUAAAUCACUUUAGCACUUUUCUCAAACAUUCACAUUUACAGCAAAGAUUUUUUUCUCUGUUAUGUUUUUUUAGACCAUUAGUUCUCUUUAAUAUUUUUGUAAUGUAGCCAUGGGGACCUCCAACACAUGAUCAACAUAUACUGGGUAUCCCAGAGCAAAAAUUAUAGUUAAUGUGCGGUAAUUUAUUUUUCCUGGUUGUUAACUGACAUGCACAGAAGUGAUUUAGUAAAAGUUAUUUAGUUGAAGGAAAUGGCAGAAUGAGGAAGCUGCUGCAUUGUGUUUUUCCAAUUUUAAAUUGAAUGAGCCAGGCAAAGGUUAAAUAAGACACAAAGCAAAGUCCAUUAAGUAUUAAAUAUACUGCUGCCCACUGUUGGCUAGUUCUUUGAUACAAAAAAAAAUUGUUUUAGUGUUUGAUUCUAGUCAUAUUUGAUCAUGAAGUUUUCCCUCUCUAGGAGGAUGUGUAAAGAUGACAGAUUGAGAUUGUUUCAUUUUUCAGUGAUUGAAAGAAGCUUUGGAGUGUUUCGUGUUUAUUUAUUCUGUCAGUACACUGCAAAUCUUGUCCUUCUUUUUAAUGAGACUUUGUCCCAGGCCAAACCAUAGACUGUAUAUAAAGAGGGCCGUACAGUACACAUUGAAUGUGGAUAUGGUGAAGUUUUCAGUUACUUUGGUAUUUCAGAUAUUAAGUUUGCCAGCUACUGCUUACGUGCCUUUAUUAUUGUGAAUAUCCUACAUUGGACAAGAGUUCUUGGAUUUAAUUUGCUUCUGCAAAAGUAAGAAGAAAACAAGUUUACACUGCUUUCGAUUGUUCAUAGGGCAGAAAAUGAAUGUCAUAGGGUUUCCACAUGAAGUGUUAACAGAUUUUUGUUAAAUGUUCUCUGCUGUUUGCACAGAGGAACUUUUUAUUUUGGAAAUUUUUAGACCAAAGGGAUCGGAAGAAAGCUUAAUUUCAACACACAAAUCAUUUAAUCAAACACGUUUAUGAAAGUUUAAUCAAUUUUUGAGAAGUAUUUUUGUCUUUGUGGGACAACAGUGAGGCUCUGUGCUUACUGCUUAUGUAGGAACUGGCUCAGAUGUGUAUGUCAUUGAUCCCUGGGCAAAUGUAUUGAAACAUUUGGAUAAUUUUUAAUUUUAUCAUCAGUUUUGUCCUCUUUUAGGAAGUCAGUGUUAUGUUCAAUAAAGUUUUCAUCAUUAAAC